ACUACAAAAUGACGUAGGCGACGUACGGGUCCUUAUUGGUUCAAAAAGGCUCAAACAGUUUUCGGACGCAUUUCGCAGAGGUGCAAAUACGAACAGGAAUUCGCUUGUUUAUUAAACAGCGGAAAGAGACUUGAUGGCAAUGAGAGUUUUAGUAGGAGGGGGAUCUGGCUUUGUGGGACGCGAGCUAACGCGCCUGUUACAAGCAAAAGGGCAUGAGGUCACAGUAAUAUCUCGGCAGCCUGGUCCUGGAAGGAUAACAUGGGACGAGUUGGAGACGCGUGGCCUCCCACUGUGUGAGGGAGCUGUAAACUUAGCUGGAGAAAGCCUCAUGAACCCGCUGCGAUGGUGGAAUGAAAGCUAUAAAAUGGAUUUGUUUUCCAGUCGCAUUGACACUACGAAAACUCUGGCUCAAGCCAUCGCUGCUUCUCCUAAUCCUCCUCAUUCGUGGGUGCUGGUCUCAGGUUUGGCUUGUUACAAGCCCAGCCUGACAGCUCAGUAUACAGAAGACAGUGAGUGGACACCAUUUGACCUCUUUUCCAAACUGGUCAAAGAGUGGGAGGCGUCAGCGCUGCUGCCUGACAGUGUGGCAAAGAUCACCAAACAAGUUGUGAUCAGAUCAGGGAUUGUACUGGGUCGUGGUGGUGCCAUGAAACAAAUGAUGCUGCCCUUCUUGCUUGGCCUCGGGGGCACUCUGGGUUCAGGAAGUCAGCCGUUCCCCUGGAUCCACGUCUCAGACCUGGCAGGAAUCAUCGCCCACAGCCUGGAGCACCGUGUUGACACCCCCUCCCCUUCACCACCACAAGUCUUAAACGGUGUUGCACCCGCACUCAACACGAACUACGAGUUCACUAAAGAACUGGGUCGGAUCCUGCGACGGCCAACCGUGUUUCCCGUGCCGGGCUUUGUCCUUAACGUCCUGAUGGGCUCGGAGAGGGCAGCAAUUCUCACUGAGGGCCAGAAAGUCAUUCCAAAGAGGACUCUAGAGUCCGGAUUUCAGUACAAGUACACAGAUUUGACCUCAGCCCUGAAGGAGAUUGUUGGGAAUUAAUGGAUUUUGGAUCAAUGUCUGUUACUAAUUAUGGUAAUUGUGUAUAUUACAUGUGAGGUUGAAUUGUUUUGCAAAGGAUGUUGAUUUGUGUUUCAUAAUAAAAGUGGUAAAGAAGGUGAA